UGUGGUGAAAAACGAGUACUUCGAAUUUUAAGUAAUGCUGUUACUUUGGUUUUGAAACACACAAAACCACCUAGAAGACACGCUAUUGCACUGUAUAACACCACCUUAUUUGUAUGCAGUGGGUGACCAUUUUAAUACACAACUUGAGUAGCAGAUGUUUAAUGUGAACCCACUCUUUCUUGUUUUCGUCAUAUGGUGAUAUUAAAUUCAUAAACGUGGCAACUCUUUUAUUCCGCUGUGUUUCAGUAGUGAUUUUGGUCCACAGUUAAAAUUCCAACUUUAUGGAUAGAAUGGGUCCUCCAAAAAAAUCUAAAAAAGAAAAAUUUAGUUCCGAAAAAUUCGGAAAAAAGCGUAGGGCAGAAGAUGAUGCCUAUACCCAAUUGGUAGAGGAUAAUGAUUCCAUGGAUUUUAGCGAAAGUGAUGGUGUUCCAGGAGCGGCUUCAAAAAAUGCCGAAACCAAUGAUGAUGGUAUAAUGACCGAUGAAUAUGGAGCCAAGGAUUAUCGCGCCCAAAUGGAAUUGAAAAUUGAUCACUCAAAUCGCCCUUUGUGGGUAGCUCCGAAUGGACAUAUAUUUUUGGAAUCAUUUUCACCGGUGUACAAGCAUGCACAUGAUUUUCUUAUUGCCAUAUCGGAACCUGUGUGUCGUCCAGAACAUAUUCAUGAAUACAAACUCACUGCUUACAGUUUGUAUGCGGCUGUCUCCGUUGGGUUACAAACCCAUGAUAUUGUUGAGUAUUUAAAGAGACUGAGUAAAACUACUAUACCUGAGGGAAUAGUGGAAUUCAUAAAGCUGUGUACAUUGUCAUAUGGUAAAGUUAAGUUGGUCUUGAAGCACAACCGUUACUUUAUAGAAUCUCCCCAUCCGGAUAUAUUACAAAAAUUGCUUAAAGAUCCAGUCAUCCAACAAUGCCGUCUUAAACGAGAAGAGGGGGAGGCAUUUAUACAAGGUACAUUAGAAAAACAGGCAAUUACGCAGUUCGGUACAAAAAUUCCUGAAAAUGCCGCUAAAACCGACCCAAAAACAGUGCAGAGUGCUCCCUCAACAAUAAAUGCAGACGGUACUACUGCUGUGCCGGAUGACAUUACAAAUUUCUACGACAAAAUUGACAAUGAAGAAGAAGAUGAAGACGAAGCGAAUUUAAAUACAGUUUCGUUUGAGGUGAGCCAGGAAAAAAUUGAAGUAAUUCAAAAGCGAUGCAUUGAAAUAGAACACCCCUUAUUGGCAGAGUAUGAUUUUCGUAACGAUACUCAUAAUCCAGACAUAAAUAUUGAUUUAAAGCCUGCUGCCGUUCUUAGGCCUUAUCAAGAGAAAAGUCUGCGAAAAAUGUUUGGCAACGGACGUGCGAGGUCAGGUGUCAUUGUACUUCCUUGUGGUGCAGGUAAAUCAUUGGUUGGUGUGACUGCAUGCUGCACAGUCAGAAAACGUGCUUUGGUUUUGUGUAACAGCGGUGUGUCUGUGGAGCAGUGGAAACAACAGUUUAAGAUGUGGUCAACAGCGGAUGACAGUAUGAUUUGUCGGUUUACUUCAGAAGCCAAAGAUAAACCAAUGGGUUGUGGCAUUCUGGUCACGACUUAUUCUAUGAUAACUCACACCCAGAAACGAUCAUGGGAAGCGGAACAAACAAUGCGUUGGCUACAAGAACAAGAAUGGGGCAUUAUGGUUUUGGAUGAAGUACAUACUAUACCUGCAAAAAUGUUUCGAAGAGUGUUAACAAUUGUUCAAUCUCAUUGCAAACUGGGUCUUACUGCCACACUUUUGCGUGAAGACGACAAGAUUGCUGAUCUGAAUUUUCUGAUUGGUCCUAAGUUGUAUGAAGCAAAUUGGUUGGAAUUACAAAAGAAAGGUUAUAUUGCCCGCGUACAAUGUGCAGAAGUUUGGUGUCCCAUGUCUCCCGAGUUCUACCGAGAAUAUCUAACAGCCAAAACUUCCAAAAAAAUGCUAUUGUAUGUUAUGAAUCCCUCUAAAUUUCGUAGCUGUCAGUUCCUGAUAAAAUACCACGAGCUUCGAGGAGAUAAAACAAUUGUUUUCUCGGAUAAUGUAUUUGCGCUAAAACACUACGCCAUCAAAAUGAACAAACCUUUUAUUUACGGUCCGACGUCCCAAAACGAACGUAUACAAAUUUUGCAAAACUUCAAGUUCAACCAAAAGGUCAACACAAUUUUUGUGUCCAAAGUUGCUGAUACUAGUUUUGAUUUGCCAGAAGCAAAUGUAUUGAUACAAAUUUCAUCUCACGGCGGUUCGCGUCGUCAAGAAGCACAGCGUCUGGGUCGUAUUCUGCGUGCUAAGAAAGUAGCUAUUGCGGAAGAGUAUAACGCAUUCUUCUACACCUUAGUGUCACAAGACACAAUGGAAAUGAGUUAUUCCCGCAAACGUCAGCGUUUCUUAGUUAAUCAAGGUUACAGCUAUAAAGUAAUUACACAUCUCAGUGGAAUGGAUUCUGAUCCUGACUUGUUUUAUAAAAAUCGGGAAGAACAGGCCCAGUUGCUACAGCAGGUAUUAUCAGCUUCAGAUUUAGACUGUGAAGAUGAGAAAAUCCCCGGAGAACCGGGAUACAGGCCGAAUAGUUCUUCAAGUACAAAACGGGCAGGUGGUCUCAGUUCAAUGUCAGGUGGUGAUGAUGCAGUUUACUAUGAACAUCGCAAGAAAAACUCAGGAAAUAUUCACCCAUUGUUCAAGAAGUUUCGUGGUGUUUAAAUCCGGCCGAGUACGCGUUCCAAAAACACUGUUAAUGCAUGCAAUGCUUAAUUAUUUCUAUACUUUCAUAUUUUCAAAUAAACACAUUAAAUAAUAUUAAACUUA